AUGACACCCAGCCAUACAGAAACAGUAGUUAAAUAUGAGCACGGACGGCCUUAAAUAGCAAAAGAAACAUGAUGAAGUGUGUUCUUUUUCUUGCUGUACUGGGAUUCGUUUCUGGUUGUCCAGAGAGAGGAGCGAGUGUUGCUUUCACAGCCCUUCUGUCCAAAGCCACAACAGUGACCGCUCACGCUGUGGUGAAGUAUCAUCACGUGUUGACAAAUUGGGGCGGAGCCUAUCAACCAACAACUGGUGUUUUUACUGCCCCCUAUAACGGUCUCUACAGCUUCUCCUGUAGCUUGAUGAGUCACCCAGAGAAUCAUGUUCAUCUAGGAAUAAUGAAGAGUGAUAUCGGAUUGUCCGUGGUGUUUUCUAAUGCAAAAACCUAUCCACAAUCCAGUCAGACCUUACAGUUAUUACUAAACAAAGGCGACAAAAUAUGGAUUCGGAACAAUAAUGGCCGUGCAUCAAGUAUCCAUGACCGUAGUGUGUCUAAUUAUAAUGUGUUUUCUGGUUUUCUAAUAGAUCAACUGUAAACUUUUGUUGAAAAGAAAUAAAAGAUAUUGGAAAGGAAGA